UUUAACAAGAAAGAAAAAAAAAAGGGGCAUGGCAUGAGGUUUGGUACUUUUGGUAGGCCACAAUUUCCCUCCAAUACACACACUAUUCUGCCGUCCCUCCCUGCUACUCUUCUUUUGUUUCUAUGUUUACUUUUUUCUCUCUUUCUGCCUUCUUGGUCAGAAGAUACUUCCUUCCACCAUCACCACUCCAUCCAUUUUCACUUGUCAUCACAUAUCAUCAUCAUAGAGAUUCAUUCAUAGUGACUUGUGACUUGUGAUCACACAUCAAAGAAAGACUCUUUCACUCUAUCUACACCCAUCUGUUUCACACACACCCUUCACUUCACUUACCCCCUUUUCAAAAGCCCAUUUUUUUAUUCAUUUUUUUCCUUCCUCUUCCCAUUUCCCAACUCAAACUCUUUUGUCUUUUUCUUCUCUUCUCUUUUACUACCCUUUUUCCCCCUUUAACUUCCUCUACUCUUGCAUUCUUCUAUCUAAACCCUAGAUUUCAAAUCUGGGGUUUUGUUUUCUGCCAUCUUACAAGUCUCAGUUUUCUCAAUAAAAUCCAAGAUUCUGAUUUUCCUACAUUUUUUUCCUGUAUAUUUUUUGUGGAUGCAGAGUUUCACUUCUAUAAAAAGAAAGAUUUUUCCUUUCUUUGGUGGGGUUCUUAGAUUUGUAUAGGUGAACGAAAAUCCUUGCAAAAACCUUGUAUUUGAGCUUGUUUAAGAUCUUUUUGGAGUUGUACUGGGUUUUAGAAUUUAGAUCCCCUUAUUUUUAGUUAAUAAAGAUUCAAUUUUUGGUUAAAGAUUCAAUUUAGGAGUAAAUCUAGGUUAACCCCUUUUAUAUCUAUAUCUACUUAAGAAGUUUGAUUUUGGAAGAUUUAAGAGGGUUUUAAAUUUUAACAUAGUUGCAUUGGUACUAAUCUCAUAGUAAAUGCAUGAUGGAUAGUAGAGAGGCUAUGUCAUUCUCUGGUGUCCCUGGUUCAUAUUACAUGCAUAGAGGAGGGGUUGAUGUUGUAGGGUCUGGUGGCUCUGGAGGGUUCCAAGUACCUCCUGGAUUCAGAGCUAUGCCAAACACUGGCAUUAUAGCUCAGCCAAAUGUUAGGGGUCAAGGUAGUAAUGUUGACUCUAGUUCAACAUUUCCAAUGGAGACUCAGUCUCAUCACUCUCAUGGCAAUUUUAAUCAUGGCAUUAAUAUUGGUGCAUCUUCUGGGGGACCUUCUAGUGAGCCUGUGAAAAAGAAAAGAGGGAGACCGCGGAAAUACGGUCCUGAUGGAUCGGUUUCUUUGAAACUGUCUCCAAUGUCUGCCCCUGCUACUAUUUCUACUCAGGGUUCAUCCACACCUUCUGAUAAACGGGGUAGAGGCCGCCCUCGUGGAUCUGGAAGGAAACAACAGCUAGCAACAUUAGGUGACUGGAUGACCAGUUCAGCAGGGUUGGCUUUCUCGCCUCAUGUUAUCACCAUUGGAGCUGGGGAGGACAUCGCAGCAAAGCUAUUGUCGUUAUCACAGCAGAGACCAAGGGCUCUGUGCAUCUUGUCGGGCACUGGGAUAGUUUCUGCAGUUACUCUCCGACGACCUGCCUCUACCAAUGCCGGUGUAUCUUUUGAGGGAAAAUUCCAAAUAUUAAGCUUGUCUGGUUCUUAUUUGGUUGCUGAAGAUGCUGGACCAUCCACUAGAACGGGUGGCAUAAGUGUUUCUCUUUCUAGCCGUGAUGGUCAUGUUAUUGGUGGCGGCGUUGCUGUUCUUAUUGCCGGAAGCCCAAUACAGGUGGUGGUGUGCAGUUUUGUAUACAGUGGUAGCUCAAAGGUAAAGACUAUUAAGCAAGGGGCCACUACCACCAAUGGUGAAAGUUCAGAGGCUCACGAUGAUAAGCUAGCUUCUCCAGCCAGUGCUCCACCUAGUCAAAACUACAUCUCUUCUCCACCAGGCAUGUGGCCCAGACCACAGGCAUCAGACGUGAAAAGCGCGCACACACAUACUGGCUUCGACUUGACAAGAGGAUGAAAAUUGAAGAGAUGUUAGUUUUGUAUAUACCUGUUGUUGUAAAUUAGUUUGAGUUUGUGAGCAUUGUGACUUAGCUUGUUAUCCUCAUUACUUGGCGACAAGUUUUCACUAACAUGCUGAAACAAAAGAAUUAUUUAUGAUUCAAGUGACUACUAUUCUUGUUUCAUCCAAAAUGUCUGGUCUAGUGAAAUGAAGGUGAAACAUACACUCCGGUGGAAUGUUUAUAUUCUCGAGUUCUGAGAAUCUCACUUUGAUGUCUGCAGAAAGUGUAAGGCUACAGCAUUUGUUUUAUAUCUGUUUAUCAUGCAUUAUAACUUAAUGUUUCUCUACA